AUGUCGCGACCUGUUGGCUUUACAGACUCGAGAAUUGUUAUGGCAGAGCAGACCAGCCACGAUGUGGUAAAUCAAACCCUGUCGGGCGGCGACCCUUCGCCUUCCGACGUUCCUGCGAGCACCACCGACAAUCAAACUGCUGGAGGGGACGUGGGGGAGAUCAACACUACCGCUACGAUACACACCGACGCCGAAACAAAAGUCUCACGAGCAAACCAGAAAACAGGUAACCCAGAACCGCUAUCGGGAAGCAACGAGAAGGAAAAGGAUACCGAACAGAUAUUUAGUGAUGUAUCGAAGCAUGGGCCGGGAUCAGUGGCGACAAGGGUGCUCGAGAUGAACGGGGUAACGUCAGCGUCAGAUGGAGGUGAAGAUACGGCAUCUCAAGGUGGUUCGGAAUCAGACGCCAGUCGACCAGAAAGCAGACUCCACAGCCGUGCUGGGUCAGCAAAACGGCCGACUUCGUUCAAACCGGUCUCCUUUGCCAAAUUUUCUGUUCCCAAGGCGCCAGGCACGCCUCCGAUAACCAAGACCACUGAAAAGACUCCUCUGCCGUCAGCCGCGACGCUUGGAACCUCGUUACAGAAUCCGCGACCCCGUCUCGUUGCGAAAACGGCUAGUAGUUUACGCGACUCAUUAUCAAAGACAGGCCCAAAUGGGGCGAAGCUUGAUGGGAGCGGGCCUGAUCCAAAUCAGGUCUGGAAUAAGAAUCGACCGGUCCAACAGACGCCUCCAAAACACCUUACCGAUGAGGAGCUGAAGCAGCAAUAUGGAAUCCAUAUGACCUCGAGAAUUCAAGAGGACGGUGGUGGAACCGAGGCUAAAUGGGCAGAUAUCGAUGAUGACGAAGAUGACUGGGCUCCUGAAACAAUCGAGUGGACUGAUGGAACAAAAACUAAUUUGACUCACCCCGAGCCCGUACCCCCACCGACUAUUCAAACAGCGCCAACCAAGUCAACUACAGAGCCCAAAGAGGAAUUUCCUCCAGCGGACCAGAUUACUACAGUCAAAGAGACCGCGAAAUACAUCGCAAAGCCCGUCACAUCUAUUGGACCAAACCCUACUGUUCUCAGGCUAGGAGCUAGUGCGGAACGGCAAGCAAGGACGGCGGGUAUUUCGUUGAAAGGGCCAAAUGACAAAGUGCCUUCGUCCUCUACGAGCCCGGCUCCUCCCCCAGCCAAGUCACCCUGGGCUCCGAUACCACCCAUUGAAAGGGCCUCGCCUGUUAUGCCUCCCGUCCACGUCCAACCACCCUUACGGCCACCUGCUAGAGAACCGUUUCCAAAUGACGGUUUUAGUGGGCCAGCUCCUCCGAAAGAGAUUGCUGCGGAUGAUUUCAACCGUUCGUGGCGGGAAUCCCAGCCCGGAACCAGGGAACUUUACAACUCCCGAUCAGGACGUUAUGAGCCCGUUCCCGAACCGCGAAAAGGAACGUGGCGUGGUAAUGAGCAGAAUUUCCGCACUCCAGCUGUGUUACAACGACCAGCGCAAGGCGAGAGUGUCAGCCCAGCGGAACCUUCUCCUGCUUUUCAAACUCACAGGUCAAGCGGUCAAGAUGGUAUGCAUUGGACUCGCCGACGAACAUCAUCGAAUGUGAGUGGGGGUAGUGGAAGCUUUGGUCGUCGGAUGUCAAUUAGCCGGCCUGACGCAGCCCAAAGAUCGUUUGAGGGCAGACGAGGGUCUCAAGUGAAUGGAAUGAUGGAACCCUCUGCUCAUGGGAGAGAAUACCCUCCAAAGGAGACGCAAUUUCUAGAAGCAUCCACUUCGCGACGCGGUCCUGGUGCGUCCUGGGGCCCCCGAGGGCCAGGCAACGCUCCCGAAAGAGCCACGGCUAUUGCAGGUGAUGUAGGACAGCCGCCGGCUGCUGCCUCUCUUCCUGAUGACGGGGCCGGUGUUCCCCAACCUCCACAAGAAGAGGCUGUCGCGAUGCAGGAACGUAUCAUGAAGGAAAAGCGUUUGGAAGCACGGCAACGAAGACUAGAACAGGAGGAGAAAGAGGAAGCUGCAAAACGUGAACGAAUUCGACAGAAACUCGAGGCACUUGGCCCCCCACCGGAGAAACCAAAGACAAAGACCAAGGAAACCUUGGACACAGGCAAGGCCGAGAACACUGUUCCCACAAGUACUGCUCCUGCUCAGUCACCUCCCAAACCCCCGGUGCCAGAACCUACAGGUGCGCCAAAGCAAUAUGGUAUGAUGAAAGUACAUCAUCCGGAUAAUGUCAAAAAGCUUGUUGAGAGGGAGAGAGCCCAAGAGAAGUCUGCUACCUCGGCUGGCGCCCGGCGUGGUCCUUCUCCUGCUCGCGAGCCAAAACCAGAUACUGUGGCAAAUGGAUACCAACAACCUGCUGAACCUGCCGCUCAACCCGGUGAGAAAGUAACAGAACAAACGCUUGAUGAAUCACAGUGGAGAGGAAAUCUCAAUGUGUCUAAUUCAUACUCGCCUUGGACGGCCAACUCCAAACUCCCUGGUGCCUCCGCUUCCAUCACAAAUCCUUGGAAGCCACUGAGCAAUGAUAAGACCCUAGGUAACGGCAUAUUUGACCAAACUCUUGGAAAUUUCCCGUCAAGGGACAUAGGCUUGCGGAACCAUCUUGGUUUAGACCAACCGUCGAUUCCUCCUAACUCGCAGCCGUUCCCGGCGACUUCCCGACCCUCGCAGGAAAGCGCAGCGAUAUCUCCUUUGCCGUCUCCGGAGACCAGACAUGCCGGCUACGAUGCCAUCAGCCCUAUUGCUCGCCCCGGGCCGAUUGGCCCUCCAAGAUCCCAGCAUUCCCACUGGCAGCAGGAAGCCAGAACUGCGGCGUGGAAUGAAUUCCACUCCGUGACCUCCAAACGAGAUGCGGAGGAAAACGAGAAGCUCCGCAAUGAGAUGAACAUUGUUCGUGAUGGCCAGCCGUCGCUUCAAGUCACUUUCAACGAAACCUGGCGCCAAGUCCGCACAGGAGACCAGGGUGGGCAGAGACAGGUAGUCAGUAUUUCUCGUUCAACGGACGGCAAUCCCCCAUUGCAAAACCCACUCUCUGGCCUCGACCAUCCUGUUGGUACUCUUCCUUUUGCAGAGGCACAUGCACGCCCUCUUGGCACCGUUCCUAUUCGCAGUUCACGAUUUUUCCCUCAGGCAACAGAGAAUAAAAAACCAGCAUUUGAAGAAGCAGAUUUUACCCGAAGCCCUUCGCCGCCACCUCCAGAAGAGGUCUCGAAUCAUCCGGUAUAUACAGGGGAUUCGAACAGACCUCUCGUACACCUUCCUGCACCCAAGCCCAUUGUCAAACUUCCUCCAAAAGUCGCCGGUCCACCACCCCCGCCGCCCACCUUCGCCUCUAUGGUUGCUUCCACUCCGCGCCAACCCGUUUCAACUGCUACAUCUUGGCAGGAGAAGAUCAAUACGCUCUUUGGCAAGAAGACAGUACAUGAGAAGAAGAACGCGUUGGCAGUUUCGUCGGCUUCCAAAGAGCCACUUGAGGUGCAGCUACAUAUCGCCGCAGUUUCCGUUUCCCUUCCUUACAACGGGGAUACCCAGAUCGGAGACGGUGAAUUGACUGCCAGGCAAGUGGAAGAGGUGGAGGAAAUGUUUGAAGAUCGUGAAGUAGGCUCCUUACCUGUUGUGCGAGUGCCCACAAUGGCUCCCGCAGCAGCUUGGCGAGCCGCCCCAGCACCUUCGCAAUCCCGUUUGCGAUCAAAGAAUCUCAAACCCAUGCAAGUGCACAGUAUUGAGCCUUUCGUGUUUAGUUCUCAAGACAAAGACGCCCCCGGAGUAACUCUGAUUUCAAUUCGAUUCCCAGGUGCCGUCCUUGCGAAGUCUUUGGCCAUUUCAAAGAAAGCAGGCUCCCAUACAAGUUCUCGGUCACGCGGACCCUCGACCUAUAAGCCUCGCAAAGGUACCAAGCCACGCGAGGGACCUGGGAACUCGAGUUUCAAAAAGUCUUCCUCUUCGCAGAUAAAUGGUGGCAGUCCACCACCACCACCACCACGGCGGCAAUCCCGAAAUGCAUCAUGGGGUGCGCGUUCUUGA